AUGGAGCAGACACGCUCGUUGCACGUCUUGACCGCAUCACACGCAGAUUCUGCCGACUCUGUCGCGAAGCUGAUACGUGCCCCCACGACAACUGGAGUCAUACUGAAGGACUUUGUGAAGGCAUGUGGUUGUGAAGACCUGCUCGCUUGGGCCCGAGAGUACUGCAGCAUUGGCGAGCCCGUCAAAGAUCAGCUCUGCUACUACGAAGGCUACAACUCCGAGCCUGGGGAGCCCUUCAGCGAGCAGCUGAAGCGACAGAUCUUAGCCGAUCUCCAGCAAUGCGGUGAGGACCUCGUGAAGGAAGGUACUGUCGACACGCAGUCGGAGAUAGUCAGAGGGAGCUCCUCUGCCGCGGCAGCAUUGUUCAAGCUGCUCCAGUCAUUGAUGCAGCUGCACGAGCCCUGCAUCGAGACGUCGGGGAAGGGAGGGCAGGACCUUCGUUGGAAGAUCAAGGUGGAGGUGAACCAGGACGGCGCAUGUACAAAAUACCACGAUGACAUGGUGGAGAUCCGCUUCGCCAUGACACUCGCCGGCGAGGGUACAGUACUUGCCGAGAAUGCUGUCGACUGGGAUCUCUAUGCAUCCAGCGGAGGGGCGAUUCCGGCUUUGGCCGAAAACCCCGAUCUCUCUGUGGAAGACGCCAGGAAGGUCAUUCAGGAGUGGAACCAGCGCGUGAACAGGGGUGGCGAGGUGAACACAGAGCCCGGUGAUCUUUCGAUCAUGAAGGGAGGCAAGUUGACAAAGCAUCCCUGCCUUCAUCGAGCGCCCUACUCCGCCGGGGAAGGCCAACAGCCGGCCCGGCUGCUGAUUACCGUGGACCACAUCCCCCUGGAGGAGAUGCAGGAGUUUAUCGCCAUGGACUUUGGAGAAGUUGAUGAGGAGAUGACCGAUGCCGUUGAGGCAGAGAAACAGGCAGCAAACGAUGAACUCCUUCCCGUCACCGUUCUUAGCGGCUUUCUGGGUGCUGGAAAGACGACCCUCCUGCAACACGUGCUCACAAACCAAGAUGGCUUGCGCGUUGCCCUGAUCGUCAACGACAUGGCGGAGUUGAAUGUGGAUGCUAUGCUGGUGAAAUCCAGCUCACAGCUCAUUACUGGAAAGGACAAGAUGAUCGAGAUGCAGAACGGUUGCAUUUGUUGCACCUUGCGUGGAGACCUUAUCGAGAAUGUCAACAAGCUGGCGGCAGAGAAGAGGUUCGACUACCUCCUGAUUGAAUCUACUGGCAUCUCUGAGCCUAUGCCUGUUGCAACCACCUUCGUGGCGGAGCAUGAAGGUCAGCAGAUGCUGGGAAAGGUAGCCCGGCUGGAUACCCUGGUGACCGUCGUGGAUGCCAGGAACUUCUUGAACGACUACGGUACCGGGGAGUUGUUGAACUCCCGCCCUGACCUUGGAGCCGAAGCCACAGAUCAGCGGACCAUUGCGCAGCUCUUGGCGGACCAGGUGGAGUGCGCGAACCUCAUUGUCCUGAACAAGUUGGACCUUGUAGAGCCGAAGGAGGCUGCGAGGCUAGAGGACAUCCUGAGGAAGAUGAACCCCAAAGCGAAGAUUAUCCGGUCGAAGUUCAGCAAGGUGGACCCCAAGCUCCUCCUGAACACCAAGAGCUUCGACAUCCAUGAAGCCGAGCAAAUGCCCGGGUGGUUUCAGGAACUUCAGGGGAACCACGUGCCCGAGACCAUUGAGUAUGGCAUCUCGAGCUUCGUCUUUCGGGCAGACAAGCCAUUCCACCCCAGACGCCUCGACAAGCUUUUCGAGUCUGGUCUCGACGAUGUCCUUCGCUCCAAGGGCUUGCUCUGGGUGGCUGGUAUCCACGCGUCGUCGCUGAUUUACAACCAGGCAGGCGCAGCCGUCAGUAUCGAGUCGGGUGUAGAAUGGCUCCACGGCACCGUGGAUCUCGAAAACUGGCCUCCGGACACUCCCGCGAAGUUCAAGACCGCCUUGUACGGGGACCGGAGGCAAGAGUUGGUCUUCAUUGGCAAGGAUCUGAAGGAGAAGGAGCUCAGGGCAAAGCUAGAGCGAGCCUUGGUCACCGACGAGGAGUUCCAGCUUGGCCCCACGGAGUGGGCGAAGUGGCCGAAUCCAUUUCGACCCCGCCAGCGACCGCGGCGGGCUCUUCUGAAGGGGCGAAGGCUCGCGAAGAUGGUGAAGAAAGCGCAGUUGAAGUCGAAAGAGCCGAAGGCAAAUGAGUCCAAGGCGAGUUAG